GCCCCUUACCCGGUGACCGGCGGCGGCGGCGGCGGCGGCAUGGCCGUGUGGACCCGGGCUUGCAAAACGGGGCUGCUGGAGCUGCUCCUGCGGGAGCGCUGGGUCCGCGUCUCGGCGGAGCUGACCGGGGAGACGCUGAGCUUAACGGCGGAACCGGGAACCGGCGAUCCGUCGGUGGUGAACGGCGUGGUGAACGGCAGCGCGGAGGCGGCGGCACCCGGCGGCGUGAGGAGGGUGCGGGUGGUGAAAGCGGAGGCGGGAGGGCUCGGGAUCAGCAUUAAGGGAGGUCGGGAGAAUCGGAUGCCGGUGCUGAUCUCACGGAUCUUCCCGGGACUGGCGGCGGAAAGGAGCGGAGCGCUCCGCUUAGGCGACGCCAUCCUCGCUGUUAACGGCGUCGAUCUCCGCGAUGCCACCCACGAUCAAGCUGUGCAGGCGCUGAAGAGAGCCGGGAGGGAGGUCAUCCUCGAAGUGAAGUUCAUGCGGGAGGUGACCCCCUACAUCAAGAAGCCGUCGCUGGUGUCAGACCUGCCGUGGGAGGGGGCGGCCCCGCAGUCCCCCAGCCUGAGCGGCAGCGAGGACUCGGGGUCCCCCCAGCACCAGGGCCCCCGUGACCGCAAGGUGAUCCCCCUCAAGAUGUGCUUCGCUGCCCGGAACCUCAGCAUGCCCGACCUGGAGAACAGGCUGAUCGAGCUGCACUCGCCGGACAGCCGGAACACGCUGGUGCUGCGGUGCCGGGACACGGCCACGGCCCACGCCUGGUUCAGCGCCCUGCACGCCAACAUCACCGCGCUGCUGCCCCAGGUGCUGGCCGAGCUCAAUGCCACGCUGGGCUCGGGCAGCCCCGCGGCCGGCGGCCGGGAGGUGAAGCACAUCGCCUGGCUGGCCGAGCAGGCACGCCUGGACGGCGGGCGGCAGCAGUGGCGGCCGGUGCUGAUGGCAGUGACAGAGAAGGACCUGCUGCUGUACGACGGGAUGCCCUGGACCCGGGACGCCUGGGCCUCGCCCUGCCACAGCUACCCGCUGGUGGCCACCAGGCUGGUGCACUCGGGCUCGGGGCGCCGCUCGCCCGCGCUGGGCUCGGAGCUGACGUUCGCCACGCGCACGGGCUCUCGCCAGGGCGUGGAGAUGCACGUGUUCCGCGUGGAGACCCACCGCGACCUGUCGGCGUGGACGCGCGUCCUGGUGCAGGGCUGCCACGCCGCCGCCGAGCUGGUCCAGGAGGUGACCGUGGGCUGCACGCUGGCCGGGCAGGAGGUGCAGCUCUCCAUCCACUACGAGGGCGGGUUCACCAUCUCGCGGGACGAGCCGGGCUCCAGCGUGCUCUUCCGCUACCCCUACGAGCGGCUGAAGAUGUCCGCGGACGACGGCAUCAGGACCCUCUACCUGGAUUUCGGGGGCCCUGAGGGGGAGCUGGCGCUGGACCUGCACUCCUGCCCCAAGCCCAUCGUCUUCGUGCUGCACACCUUCCUCUCGGCCAAAGUCACCCGCAUGGGGCUGCUGGCAUAGGUGCCCCAGCCCCCCCGCCCUGUCACCAGCCAGCCGGGGGUCACAGCGGGCCCCCCGACCUCUCCUGCCCCGUCGGUGCCUUGCUGGGGCCGGGCUCGCCGCCCUGAUCCUGCCGGGAACGCGGCAGGGCGGCUGCGGGGGGAGCCCCCGUGCCCCACAGCAGCGCUGCCAGCCCCCGUGCCCGGGGGUCGGGGCGCACACACCAGCUGUGACCCCCGGGGCUGAAGCCAUCGCUGAUCUCACCGCCUGUGCCUUGGGGCGGGGCCAGCUCGGCCCCCCCGCCCGGGGGACCCCCGGUGCCCCCAGCCCACCUCCAGGGGUGUCCCCCUGCCUGGGGGCUCCCCCAGAGAGGGCACGCUGUCCCCACACGGGACAGGGCUGCGGGACCCCCCUGUGCUGCAUGACAGGGUCUCCACGCCCUGCUCAGGGUGGG